AUGGCUGUUCCAGUGAGCUCAAACGUUACAUCGCCUCAGCCAUCUACGAACUCUCAAUUGAGGCCGGCGCGUGUACGUAGAUCGGCAGCUGUCAGUGGUAAUCCUGAGGUUAUGGACGUCGACGCAGACGUAAAUUCUGACUCUGAAUCUGAUGCCGUUCAAGACUCUGAUCACUAUUCGCACGAAAAUAUCCCAUCUCCUGCUGAAUCCAGUCACGAUGAGUUUGAAGAGGUCGCCCCUAAGAAGAAACCGAGGAAAUCCGCCAUGAAAGGCGCAGGCGCUGCUUUAAAGAGAAAGAAGAACGUCCAGAUACGCAAAGACCACGAUUCUGACAACUUUCUCUACGAAACACUCACAGAAGCUACCGUCGAUCUUCCAACUGCUGUACAAGACUGGCUAGCGAUGUACGUUGACAGCCGUCGCGAAGCUUUGCGAAUCCUCAUCAACUGCCUGAUCAAGUCCACCGGCUGUCAACACACAAUUACAUCAGAUCAAGUUGUCGAUUUUGACUCUAUUCCUGAUGUAGUUGACUCUUUAGAACGCUCUUUCAAAACCCAGUCUAAUACCGCAUACCCUCUAAUACAUCGUGUCGGUACGCUCAAGAAAAUUGGCGGUUCAAUAUCAAAACUUCUCGAAGAUUUGGUCAGCGCGGCUUCUGAGUCUUCAGCACUCUACGAUGUAUCUGAAGAGAGUGAAACUUUGAUGGAGACUAGCCAGCAGUGGAUUACCAGCUUAUCGUCUUCCCCACUCCGCGCAUUUAGACAUACAGCCACAGUCUGGGGUCUUUCGCUAUCCAGCGCGCUAUGCAAGCUUGCUAAAGACUUUGAUAAACAAUUCUCAAAAGAAACCAGACGCCGUCAAUCUUCCAAUAAGUCAGAUUCCCUCCUUUCACGCAAGACAACUGUCGAAAAUUACAUUCAAGAGAUCACUGAUGGUUUAUUUAUACACAGAUAUAGAGACGUAGAACCAAUUAUCCGAUCAGAAUGUGUAAAAGCACUCGGCAGUUGGAUGAAAACAUGGCCGAACCACUUUUUGGAAGGCAACUACUUGAGAUACACAGGAUGGUUGCUUUCAGACACCGACUCUUCAGUCAGACACGCCGCUAUUGAAUCACUGAUUACCCUGUAUGGUUCAGACGAUCAUCUCACUCCACUGCAGCAUUUCACUGAUAGAUUCAAACAGCGUCUGUUGGAGAUCUGCUUGAAAGAUGUUGAUGCACCGGUUAGAAUUUCAGCGCUCAAGCUUAUGACUGCUAUCGAUGGCCACGAGCUGCUUGAAGACAAUGAACGUAUACAGGUCUCAAAGUUAGCAUUCGAUAUAAAUCCAAAAAUACGCAAAACAUGUGGAGAUUUUUGGCAAAGAUUGGUGGAAGAUGAGCAGCAAAGACUUAGGGGAACUCUUGGUGACGAUGAUGAUGAUACUGAGAAGGAGGACAUCGAUCAACUAACAAUGAUCAAAGCCUUUACUAGUCUUCUUGUGACAUCCACUCGCUCCAUCGAUGGUAAUAGCAGCGUUAAUGAUGGAAAUGAGGUUGGUAGUAGAUUAAGAAUCGCAUUGGAUGAUCUCUGGUCAUCGUUGCAAGUUGCGCGCGAUUGGAAGGCGAUGCUGUCUACUUUGAUCAUGGACCAUUCUAGUAGCGACGAUGAUUUAGCUCAGUUCAAGUUGAAAGAGGAUGAAGAGAAUGUGUUAGUUGAGUUGUUCUGCGCUUGCGUCAGCCAUAUACAUGCCGAGGCAAACCCUUCGACAGAAUCAACCGGACGCAAGAAGAAGAAAAUUGUUGACGAUACAGACUAUACUUCAGUCUCGCGUCAACUCAUGCAAGACUUACCAAGUCUUUUCUCCAAACACCAAGCCAUUCCCUCUCGUAUAGCUGACCUGCUCUCUUUGCCGAGAUAUAUGCAGUUGACACUCUAUUUGGAUAUGAGAAUGGAAAGUGAGUUUGAGUCACUGUAUAAUGAAAUUUGCCAGCAGCUUCAGAAGCAUUCUCUGCCGUCCGUAUUGGAAGCUGCUACAGAUAGCAUAUUUGCUUUGAAUGAUGCAGGUGUUUUUGUCCACAUCAGCGAAAGGAACUUGAAUGCUCUGGUGUACAAUCUGACAUUAGCUCUCAAAACUUUAGUUGCUGGUCAGGAGAUUGAAGAUGUAGAUAUCGACCAAGAGAGCGUCAGCAGACUUGAGUCGGCGUUGUUGAGACUGGUUUAUGUCGUCACUAGGAGCAACAUAAGUGACACACUGAAUGAGAGCUCAGCAGAAAGUGCAAAUGUCUGUCAAAUUGUUCAAGCUUUGGCUAGUAGAGGUGCAUUAGGCUACGAGAUUGAGUCAAAGAUGGUCGAAAACGCUUUGCAGCUUCUCUUCUUAGAUCUUCUCUGGACUGUGUCUGAACUUGUGAAGUUGCAACCAACGACAACGGACAACGAAGACUCUGAGUAUGAGUUUAAGAAGAUGCAAGUCAAGACACUCCGCGACAAUCUCUAUCAUCUUGCUAUUGACUUGUCGGUUGGGUCGACAUCAAACUCGACAGACAGCGUCAAAUCGAAGGGAUUCAAGAUUUUAAUGGAGAUAGUCAUAUUGUUUGCAGACAACCGUCCAAAGGAAUUGAGCACUGAAGUUUCAAAGCACACUUCAAUGGAGUUUAGUGAAGAAACGCAGCUGAGAUGUAUGGGAUAUGUUGAGUCAGAGAUCGAUAAGUUUGCCGAGGAGAUUCACGUUAACGCUGACAAUGACGACGACGAAGCUGCAGAGGAAAUCCAAAAUGACAAGCAAAGCAGUGAUGAGGAUGAAGCACCUAAAAUCAAAAAAAGGAAGUCGAAGACAACACCAAAGAAGCAAGCACCCAAGCAGAAUAAACAAAAAAAGCAGGAGUUGACAUUGGCGCUCCAACCAGAUCGUAUCAAUUACACAUAUGAGUUUUCAGAGACAAUCGCUGUCGUAGUGAAAGCUAUUAGACUUGGUGUCUUGUCGAUUGACAAGCUGCCUGUGAUAUUGGCGCACCAUGGCAGAUUUGGUGUGCUCUUUGACAGCCUCAAUAAGCUAGCUUUGGAUGCAAUACGCGAAAUUGCUUUGUAUGCUGGUAGUGAAUAUUAUCUGGGGAUAGUGCACGUUGUUACAACCUCACUAAUAUCAGCACAUGAGCUCUUGUUAGAAGGAAAAGUUGAAGAUGAAUCACGUUUGCUGGCUUUGGGUAGAUCAUUAUCUUCGUCGUUAGUGUUACGAGGUGCGCAGUUGAAAAUAGUAAGCAGAGCGUCUUCCAAUGUCGUAGUUGCAAUUCACAAGAGGGUGAUUAGCGAGCUAUUUGACGAUCUCAAACCACUUGUUAAUGAGCAGCGCAAGAACUCGACAAAGAUAUCACAAAUUAAUUCGGGUUUUAAGGCGUUGCAGCACCUUUUAGCUGUCGGUCCAUCUAGUCUCAUUGAAGGCAGACAUGCACUGGAGGUGAAGAACUUCUACGAUGAACAGCUCAAGGCGGCUGAGAUUGAGUUGAGCACGUCGAGCAAGAUAUGGGAGGGCGCACGUUCGUACGAGAAAAAGCUCGUCACUCUGAUAGCUAAAGAUAAAGUACUCGUCAAGCAUAGGAAUGCUCAGGAGAAAGAUGUACACUCGCGAGCAUCCCGUGAGAAGCAUCCUCGAGCUGCAGCCACAGCUGGUGAGGGGCUCUCCAAAGAUAUGGUUGGCAGUGAAGACGAAGGUGAAGAGGGAAGCGAAGAUGGUGGUGAAGAUGAAGUUGAAGAUGAAGAGCAGAAUGCUGAGAUUGACGAACACAACGAGAAUGAUGAACAUGAUGAAGAGCAAUUGCCAGAUGAGCCUACCGCUGAUAUUCAAAGGGACUCAUCCCCACUAUCCUCUCUUACUAGCCAUCACGACGAGAAUGAAAAUGAGAAUGCCUCGCAAACAUCCAAGAAGAGGUCUCGUCAAUCAGACGCCCCGUCGCCAAGUAAAGGCCUGCAAAUGUCCAACACACUCAGAACAAAGCGCAGUCGCAUUGAUUAG